ACCCAGUACAUAUUUGAUGCCAAAAACAUGAUGGUCACCUGCGAUCCGCGUCACGUCCGUUACCUGACUGUAGCCGCCAUGUCCCAUGGUCGUUUUGUCUAUGAAAGAAGUGGAAGAAGAGUUGUUGAAUGUACAGAACAAGAACAGAGGCUACUUCGUGGACAGCUUCAAGCCCGCUUACUGCGAUGUUCUUCCACGUAGUCUGAAGAUGUGCGCAACGUUCCUUGGGAGCAGCACAGCAAUCCAAGAGAUGUUCAAACGAAUUUCCGAUCAAAUCGCCAUGUUCCGACGCAGGGCUUUCCUUCAUUGGUACACCGGUGAGAGUAUGAACGAGAUGGAGUUAGAGUCAAACAUGAACGACUUGGUGUCCGAGUACCAGCAGUACCAAGACGCCACGGCUGAGGAGCAGGGCGCGUUUGACGAAGAGGAAGAUGAGGCUUAAACAGCUAGCGGAAAAUACACUCAUUUAUUUGAUUGUUGUUUAAAAGUGUAGAGAAUUUUUCAAAAAGUGCGGAAAAGCGGAUUUCUUGGUGUAAACUAUUGACUUUUUGGCAAAUUGUUGAUGAACUUUCCCACAUGUGACGUACCCAGAAGGGAGGCGCGCACCUUAUCCACUCGACAGUCGGCUUAUUCCCCUGGAAGAAGAGUUGUUCAGUGUACAGAACAAG